AUGGCUCCGGAAGGAAAGUUGCCUUCUAUUGUCCAGAGCAAGGCUGCUGCCCAGUAUAAGCCUAUCGAGCUCAAGGAGGGCGAGGUUCUUUUCAGAUACGAGUUACCCAAGAGAUUCAGAUACUCUCCACCAAGUGCCUUGGAAGCCGAGCAAAUUGACAGUGGAGGUGCCACUUUUAUUUACUAA